GACUACUACGCGAUCCGCAUCGCGUUGGCCAAGAGCCUCGUGGAGCUCUACGGCUACACGGUCGUCGCCGUCGAGGGCGACUUCAGUUCGUGCCGGCGCGUCGACGACUACGUGCGCGGCAAGGGCGGCGACGCCUCCGCGGAGCUCGCGCUCCGCGGCUUCGUCGCGGGCGACGGCUCCGAGGGCACGACGCCGUGGCUCUGGCGGAACAAGGAGGUGCUGGCCUUCGUGGAGUGGAUGCGGGCCCACAACGAGGCGGCGGCGAGUACGGGCGCGCCGCUCUGCGGCUUCGUCGGGCUCGACCUCUUCUGCCUCGACCGGUCCGCGCGGGCGGUCGUCGACUACCUCGACUCCGUGGACCCGCACGUCGCGGACACGGCGAAGCACGCCGUCGCCUGCGCGUCGGAGGCGCGGUCGGACGCGCGCGGCGCCGCGGACCACGCGGACGCGCUCCGCGCGGCGUGCGAGGCGCUGCUGAGCCAGCUCCAGGCGAACCGCUACGACUACUGGGACGCGGGCGUCGACGCCGCGGACCACUUCGCCGCGGAGCAGCACGCCGAGGUCGUCGUGUCGGCCCAGCAGUUCUACUCCAAGAGGCUCACGGAGCCGGACGUGACGUGGUCCGUGCGCGACCAGCACAUGGCGAACGCGCUGCUGCGGCUGCGGAACCAGCUCGAGAUGAUCCACGGCGCGCCGCCGCGCAUCGUCGUCUUCGCGCACAACUCGCACGUCGGCGACGGGCGGCAGACGGCGACGGGGUCGCAGUGGAACGUCGGCUACCUCGCGCGGGAGACGUUCGGCGCGGCCGUGCGCAUCCUGGGGUUCUCGACGUUCCAGGGCGCGGUGACGGCGAUGCCCGACGGGUCGCGCACACCGAAGCGCAUGACCCUCGCGCCCGCGCUGCCCGGGUCCUGCGAGCGCGUGCUCCGCGACAAUUUUCGGUAUUACCCGGGCCCCAAGUGCGUCGACCUCCGGCGGCCGCUGCCGGACGACGCGCGGGUCGUCGGCCUGCUGCGGGAGACGCGGCCCCAGCGCUUCGUCGGCGUCCACUACCUCCGCGACGACGAGCGCACGCGCCACUACAUCGACUCGAACAUGGCCGAGCAGUACGACGCGGUCGUCUACGUGGACACGACGGCCGCGCUCGAGCCCAUCGACGACGUCGCGGACUGGGCUAACGGCUACUAG